AUGAAAAGUGCUCUAACUAUUCCCGAUUACGUACGCGAUGCAUUGGCUAACGUGGCCAACAAGCUGGGCUUCACCAGUGAGCAGUACACGGUAGAUUAUGAUUUCCGUGCAGGUGAGCACAACCGCUCGAUAGUGUCCGUGUUCUAUCGGGUGACAUUCCGUGAGGAACCACGUGAAGUGACAGUACUCUGCAAGGUGCCACCACCCGAAGCCGACGAUGUUAUGCUGGCCCUGUUCGAACGCGAGGUGUUCGUGUACGGGAAGCUUCUGCCCGCUUUCGAGCAGUUUCAGCGUAACCGACUGCAGGAAUCCGUGAACGUUGAGGAGGAACUGGUGUAUUUCGGACCCGUGUGCUACCAUGCGCACUGCGAUGCGAAGAAACGGGAAGCCAUCAUCGUGCUGGAAGACGUACGUCCACGAGGGUUUUCAAACCGGCAUAAGUUUGAACCGCUAGACUACGACCAUGCCCGGCUAGCGAUGGUACAGCUGGGGCGGUUUCAUGCGACUUCACUCGCACUCAAGAAGCAGCAACCGGAACUGUUUGAACAGUAUCGCUACAUGGGUGAUGUCACUGGCGAACGAGUGCUUGCUAUGGGCGGAUUCGAACAGGCGAUGGAGCAAGCGUUUGAAAAUGCGUCAGCCACUCUGAAUGCAAAUGAUGAGAGUAAACGCGAAAAAUUAGCGCGCCUUCGAGGAAGCUUCGUCGAGGAGUUGCAGAACAUCGGCGAUACCGCUCUGUCGGAACCGUUUUGCGUCGUAUGCCACGGAGACUAUGCGGGAGAGAAUAUGAUGUUCUCGUACAACAGUGGCUUUCCUAACCGACUUAUACUACUCGACUGGCAGUUGGCAAAGUACGGAUCACCCGCGUUGGAUUUUGUGCAUACCAUCUUCCUCUCAUCGGACGAGUCAUUUCGACGGAAUCAUUACGACAAUAUGCUGCAAACCUAUCACCACGCACUGAUGAGCCGUCUUGAGCAGCUAGGCGAUGAUAGCGCUACUGAGUGGUUUCCGUUGACGGUGCUAAUGCGUUUGAUUAAAUUGCAAGCGCGCCAGGCACUGUUGCUCGGCAUGUUGUACGUUCCUCUUGCGGUUGCAAGUGAAGAAGCCACCUCAGUGCCAGACGAGACCGAUGAACAGCGAGAGGAUUCAUGUUCGGUGCGCAUAAGCGACGUUAGUGAUGCAAAAUAUCAGUCGCGCAUGUCCGGAUUGUUAAAGGAUAUUUUUCGUUUAGGGUUUCUAUAGA